UGUCUACUUUAAUGCUUGUUCGCACUUAGGGACGACGGCGUGUUUGUUAAUACAUGGAGUUAUUUCGAUGUGUUUAAUAUUACAAAGAGACUAUGGCGGAUAAAGAAAAAAAUGGUUAUGACGACGAUGAGCCGGAGGUCGUCGGCGAUGCUGCGUCACAAAAAUUAGAAGAACUGAAAGCUAGUUUGCCGUUUAUUAACAAAGUGAUGGAAAUGUGGAGGAUAAAACCAAAUGCAUAUCAUAAAUUAAGUAUGCUGAAAGAGGUGCUCGGACGCAAUCGUGUUUCCAUGCAAACACUGGGAAAAAUCGAAGGUGUAAUAUCAAGACUGAAAGUGCAAUUCGGCCCUGAAAUUUCUGUGACGACAGAAAACGUGCGCCAUGACUCUUCACGACGUUCCCGUUCUUCUGACGUUAUUGAUAUUUCUGAUGGCGAUAGUGACUGCUCAAGUUCGCCUUCAAAGUUAACAUCCGAAAAGUCGCGCGUUGCAUUCACAGCAGGGCAAAAAGGAAGCAACGUUAAGGAAUCAAAAAUCAUAGACUUAGUUGUGAAGUCAUCAGAACCCACGCAAAAUGUAAUUCAAAGCCCUCAGUCAAAGUUUAAGGAACAAUCUUACCCAAGGCCAGACAGUGCCAAUGGGCACCCUAAUGUACCAAAUAUUCACACAGAAUCCUCUAAACUCGUACCCUCACUAGAGGAGGCGCGAAAAAAACUUGCCGCGUUACGUAAUAAUAAAAUAACGGCAGUGACCCAAAUACUUCCGUCAUUGGCAUCCAAUAGUAAUGACCCUCGUGGGCGAAACUUAAACUACACGGGCUUAGCAGCAACAAUAUCUGGUCAUCUGAGCACUGAGAACAACAAUAAUAUGGAUUCCAUAAGCGCUUACGUCACAGGGCCAUUUGCGACACAUACACCUGUGUGCCAAUCUAACGCAUCACCUCCUGCGCCUGGACCCGUUCCUCCUCCGCCGUCAAUAAAAUCGCUAAAUCUGUGUUUCACUAGGUGGCCUGCUCAAACCGAACACGAAAACAAUGUUACCAUUCCAUGUAUAGGUUUGGAAAAGGGCCCCAAUGCUAGGCAAACUGUACCAUACUGCGACAACAAAGCCCUCAACAACAAUCCGCGUGUAUGUGCGACAUCCGCAUCAUCAGGUCCACCCCCACAUCCAGUCAAAUUUGCUCCCAACAGUGGUGUGAACUCAAUGCACCACCUAAAAGGGUCGUCAGCUGUUUGUCAGCUCGACGCUUCUAAUGCCGAUGAACAUCAUAGUAUAAACGGUACCCAGCGCACCAUGGAUAAAAGUGACCUUGAGUCGCGACAGUUUACUGGAUCAGCUAUGAAUGCAUGCGAAUCACGAGACCCAAGGCGCAAACUUUUUAAUUCUAAACAUCAACAACAAAAACAACGCUGUGAUCAAUAUCUAAGUGAUUCUUUUAGUCUGUACGGGCCUGCAAAAAAUAGCAACGCCAAUACACCGGCUUUGAUGAAAGCCAAUCUACCCACGUGUUGGCGGAAAAAUGGUAGCAGAAACAACAGCAGUUAUGACCAUAUUAAUUCGACAACUUGGUCGAAUAGCAAUAAUAAGACUGGAAGCAACGUCCCUCAUAAAGGCUCCUACAGAAGUUGUACCCGAGGUGGACGGAAUACUGACGUUGCACACAGCUCACGUUAUCAAAUGCCACCUAUAGUCAACGAACCGCGCACCUAUCGAGAACACAAAGAGGCUAAGGCAAGAGCCGAAGCUACUGCCGCAUUAGCCAAAGUUCCAGAUAGGCGCCAACAGACUAAAAUCCCUCUCAAAGAGGUGGAAUCUGUGGAGCCAACUAUAAGACAAGUUCCAGAAGUGCAGCUGGAUACCUCGUACCGCACUGUAGUGCUUGAUGCGCCACCGAAAAAGCUCGACUUUAAGAUACCAAAAAGGAGCGAUAUUGCCAGAUCCAAGUGUAAUGAUAAACAUAUAAGCAUAGAUUAUAGUAAAAAUGAGUCCAACAAAUCAGAUCAGUCGAAGGAGAAACAAAAGAAGGCGAAAACAGAUACAGAAGAAAAACAAUCGUUAAAAAAGCAAAGCGGUAAGGUGCCGAUAACGGAAGCUAAGUCUGCAAAGAAAGCAUCCAAUUCCACGAAGGACAAAACUAACGAGUUACCGCUAAAAGAUUGCCCACAACUGUCUCAAAAAGAAUUCACAGGAGAUAGAACCAAAGUGAACACAGAAACCGAACAUAAUAAUGACAAGUUAUCACUAUCUGGUGAUAUAUAUGUAAGAGAUGCGGAGCUAAUAAAUAUUAUUCAAUAUGUGGCGAAGAAAACAAAGCCCUUGCGCAAUAGCCCGCAGAAUUCCACUACUGAUGAAAUUACAAGCAAACAGCAUGAGUUUGCACAGCCGAGUCCUAAAGGACAUCAUCAACUCGUAUGCACGACACCGGAGAAAUUUCAAGAUAGGUUAACUGAAGUAAUACAUAAGUCUCCCAAGGAGAAGACGGGGAAUAAUAGUAAGGGACCGGAUGAUGUAUGUAGAGCCGAGAGCAACACUGGAACUGUAGAACUGCAGCAGAAGAUAUGUAAACUAAAAAUUGUGUUAGGAGGCAAUGCUCGGACUGUUGUUUUGCCUCAUGCAUCACCUUUUACUGACUCUCAGUCGGAUAAUAAUAAAAUGCAACUUUUGAAGAACUCCAACAUCUCCGCGUUGUUGGAGCCAAAGUUGCAGCGCAUAAAAAAACGGCGCUCAACCUUGGCGCCAACUUCUAGCGAGCCAUUGAUUGACAAGCAAAAACUCUUUGCCACCAACAGUCUCGUGUAUGAGGAUUUGCAACAAGAGAAGCAAAAACACAGUCGCAUAAAUAGAAGUCUUGUUAACAUGUUCGAAAAAACAGACGAUAAUUGCAGCGUGUCCACUCAAAACAUUAUAAUAGGUAAGCGGCGCACGCGCGUUACUGAAAACACACUCAAUGAAGUCGAAUUAGGCCGAAGCGUUUUUAAACAUAUUAAACCAAAUGCAGCUAAAGCGGGUCCCAAGCCUAAAGAUUUAACAGUGUCUGAAACGGCUGUGAAACGUAAACGUGGUCGGCCUGCGAAACAAGUGUUGAUUUCAACUGUGACCGCAAAUGAAGUUGAGAUUGAUGAAUUACCUGCUGCGAAGCGUGCUCGAGCGCCUAAGAAUGAUAAAGAACUUUCCUCAUCGGAGCCUGUGCCGACUAUUCCACCCGCGAAAUCCACACCUUCAAAAGUGCGACGCCGGCCCAAGCGCAAUGAACUUGAUAAACUUAAUGAAGAUAUUGCUUCCAUGUAUUACGCAGAAGAUGUUAUACGUGCAACAGGUCGGCGAGCCUGUACUCAGGUGCAGUAUACACUAUCAAGCAUAGAUGUCAGCUCAGAGACCAGCAAUACUUACGAAGCCGCGCCAUUAGCGCGUAACAUGGCACGUCGCGGACGGCCAAUGGGAAGCUUGGCCGCAGCAGGCCCCAAUCGAGCCACCUUAAAUGCGAUGCGGUUCCCAUUGACUAGAAAAUGUAGGGUACGUGUGAAGCGGUGCCCGCUGUUGCAAUUUAUGGAAAACAAAAUCAAACCAAACAUUAAAAAUGAUCAAGUCGCAUGGCAUGCCAAGUCGGAAGCACUCAAAACUUGCGUUGUCUGCGUCAAAAAUGUCAAGGCUGCUUCUACACACUAUGUACAGUACCAUGGUGAGCAUUACGGCGCCCGCCUUCCACCAGGUGUACUACAGGAACUGCUCGAAUCCCGACGCAACAGGCCUCUAUACAUUAUUGGCUUCCGCUACUACCACACCUGCCCAUUCUGUGACAAAACGCUCUGCAUAUCUAACAGUUCCUGGGUGGAGCACUUCGCGCGUCACACCGGCGAAGCAAAUUACCAGUGUUCAAGGUGCAGUUUUCCUCAGCAUCGAGCUUCUUUAAUUGAGAAACACGUGUCUGGUUGCGGCUCUGGUGCCAAAAUGGUGGUCAAUAAUUAUUAUAAUGUUGAAAUACCUGUGCGCGCCUUCGCCUGCCAUUUGUGCGAGUUUAUUCAACUAAACCAAGAAAACGUUAGCCGACAUUACUUACACCAUCACGAUUUGGAGGUGGUGGACAUAGCCGACAACAUUAUCAACAUAACACUUUACCGGACAGAAGGUGUGCCUUAUAUGGCGUCAGAGAGUGAGGCGGCAUUCAUGGACAAAAAGGGAAAGGCGGAAGAAAAACAGAAGAAGAAUUCCGAUAAAAUUAAAUUAGAAAAAAUGUAUGUACAAGUAAAUGAGCAGAGCAGCGAAGAAGCAGACGAAUUUCCGGUGGUAUCUGAACCAGUUGAGGAGAUGGACUGCACAGUCGUAGACGAGCCUGCGUCGCAGCUCGAAGAGGAACAGCACGAUAUUUGUAAUGAAGUAAAGCUGGAGCUGACGGUACCUUUGUUGGAACUGGAUCUCGCGCUUGAAACUGAAUCUGAACAUUUAGCCGAUGGCAAAAUUAACAAACACCUAAACAAGUGGCCAUCUCCUUUGGAUUCUCUCGCAUUGAAUACUCUUAGCAGGGCUAUCCAGGACGACAACCUAUCGGGUAUAGGUAGCGAUGAAUCUGAAUCUGAGCCCUUCGAAGACACUUGUUUAACCGCUGAUAUUAUGCAGACAGUUGGAGUCGUUCCUCCAGAUGAAUUGGUCAAUGUGGAGGCGGUCGGUACUGCGAUGGUCAGUAAAGAAGCGAUCGGCACUGAGACAGUUGGUAAAACAACGGUUGGUAAAAAAGCGGUCGGUAAAGAAGCGGUCGGUAAAGAAGCGGUUGGUAAAGAAGCGGUUGGUAAAGAAGCGGUCGGUAAAGAAGCGGUUGGUAAAGAAGCGGUCGGUAAAGAGAUGAUUGGUAAAGAGACAGACGUUGUAAUUACACCUAGGAAGUCACUGUUCCAAAAGUUUAACCGGCUAAUUUCCAAACUUAAAACUAAGUCCACCGGUUAUAAGCAGCGCAGAUCGAAGGAUACUGUAAGCAUGUGCAGCGACAGCGAUACACCUUUUGAGAGCGAUGCCUCUGUGUUGGAUCCAAUUCCACAGUCACAACCAAAACCGAAAGCUACUGUACCGGGGACGUUAACGCCGUCUACCAACAUUGAGAACGUGGCUUAUCGAUUGCUUGUCCCAAAAACACAACAGUACUCCUACUACUGCAUAUUUCCCGGCUGCGACUUUCUCUUCUCUGAUGAGCUUGAGGGUCUGCAGGUUCAUUUUUCACAUGAUCACCCAAAAGUGCGCUGGAGUGGUCACUGCGCUGCUUGUGGGAAGCAAGUGGAGCCUGCUCAAAACUAUGAGCUUUCAUUAGAGCUGCAGCACAUGGUUCAAGUACAUGUCUAUGGGUCUGUAGCAGCAAUCCCAGCUACAGAGACAGAGCAGGUUCCGCUGCCUAAGCUACGUGUGCGUAGAUUCACUGGCGAUCGCUUGCUGGAGAGCGAAGAGCCACAGAACUUUAAGAUAGGGCUGGAAGAGCCCGAGUGCAACAAUAAGAACGGCAACACAAUACUACGUGAUCUACUAAAGGCCGAUGCUCGACUGCCCAAACAACAGCCGGAUCUUAAUGCUGCGGGACUAGGCGAAUUUCUGUGCCCCAAAUCUGCGCCGAUGGCGCAGUCGAUAUUGGAAUCGACAUUGAACUCCACCUCGGUUGAAUUGCAACUAAAUAACUCUGAACCCAUUGUGGUCAAUCAUACUACAGAGCUGGGUCUAGCUAUAGACAAAGUGUAUAGUCUAGAUCCUAGAAUGGCCAACGCACUAGGUUUUGAAGAUCCCUCAGAGCCGCUUAUUACCAGCGAGACAGUGCCACUACCAUCGGCUACAAAUGGAGAAUAUGUGCUCACCCAGACGCUCUCACAGCAGUACGGCACACACAACCAGACGGAGCCCCACUCAGCCCAUAUAAAUAUUUCUAUUGCAUCCACCCAGCCAGAGGCGAAUAAAAGUAUGUCAAUUGUAAGCAACCACACACCCUGUCUAAUAAAGCAACCAACAGCUUCAGUUGCUGAUCAGUUUCGUUGCAUGGCCCCCAAUUGUGGGUUCUGUGCGUGCACGUCUUUUUACAUACGGCAACACAUGGAGUUUCAUCGAAUUAGCAAUUUUGGUAGUAACACAGACUAUUUACGAUGCGCCUACUGUGCAUAUAUGGCGACCGACGUGGACUCAUAUAUAGAACAUGGCAACCGGGAGCACGGUUUGGAUUCGGAAUCACGAGUGGAUGAGAAUGUAGACGCACUUAACAAGAAAAUACGCGAAAAAUUAAGCUCUCGCCACAGAUCAAUUGAACAGAGAGUCUUGUCAGAAGUGUCCUGUGAAGCAAUGUCGGCGGCAACGUCAACUAAGACACCUACAAGUUGCAACGUUCCCCUAUCUAUAGUAAUUCGCGAGAUUCUUGCAACAACGGGGCUAAAGGAAAGCAAAUUGUUUGCCUGUCCACAAAAAAACUGCAACACUACUCUCAGCAAGGAAACUUUUGUCAACCACGUUAUGUUCCAUCUUAGCAGCAGCGGUGCCGGCCUAAGUAUGGAGGGAAUCCACUGCAAGCACUGCAAGCAUCGUGUGUCCUCCGAUCGAGCAUCUCAAAUGGUCAAUCAUCUCCAUCAAGCACAUCUUCAGCACAGAUAUUUCUGCGGAAUCUGCAUAGCGACAGCCUCCAAUGGCAGGUUAAUGCAAUACCACAUACGCACCGUGCACUCACAAAACUUCCAGUUGGUUAAUCGUCAGAUUCAGUUUGUGCAGCUUCCCGGAAUAGCUAACAACUCCUCUAAAUCAGACGAAAAAUACUGGGUGUGUGCUUUAGAGCAUCCAUUUGGCAAAAAACAGAUUGACAAUUUUACCAACAUGCUAAUCAACGAGUGGCAGCAGCGAAAACAAGGAAGCAAACUCAUAUACUGGCCCUCAGAGUUGCGCGUGCUGCCGCGUCAAAAAGUUUUCAGCCGGGAGGUGCAAUGCGGGGAGUGCAAGUAUAAAACAAACUCACGUAGCGUCUUUCAGAACCACCUGCAAUCGCAUUUGGAUCGCGCCAUGCAAAUGGCCUACGAAAGUGAGUGCGACGAUCGCUGCGAAGAGGUAGAUGGAGUACACCUAGAGCUAAGCGGGGGGGAAGACGGCACAGGUAAAACACUCGUGGUCGAAAAUAUUUCUUUUGAAAAUGGCAUCGACGCUCAGGCGAUGCAAUCUGAGAUUCCGAAACAUACAAAAGAGAGUGAAUUGCCUACGAACUCCUUCUCUGGUGAUCCUUCCCUGUCAAAAUUAGUUUUAACACAAACUUCCCAAGUUUUGCCCGGUCGUCAAACCGCCGUGAAUCCCAGAUAUAAGUACGUACCGAAGGAGAAGCGCUACAUUUGCGGUGUGCGUAACUGUCAGAAGCUGCUUUCUACUGAGUAUGGACUACGUCAGCACCUGACCAUGCACCACCGUUACUCAGAAUUAUAUUUUUGCUGCCACUGCAACGAAAAUCGACGAUGUGUCCUAAAUGUAGACAACAUUCUGCAGCACCUGCAACUACACAAGCAGCAUCUCUACCAAUGCGGAGCAUGCACACGUUUCCACUCCAAGUGCGCACAAAUUAAAACUCAUAUCAACGAAAAGCAUGGUGGUGAGGACGUGGACAUUAUCGUGCACAAGCGUACGCAUGCUUUAAGCUCUUUAGGCGAAGUGCGCUGGCUUAAGCCGUUCAAAACCGUGCACUCAAAGUUUAAGUGGGCAUGCAAUCUUUGCAACUGCUUGUGCCCUUCUCAAAAUCAAAUAGCGGAGCAUGCGCGCAGCGCUCACAACCAGUACCGGCAGUAUAUAUGCCCGCACUGUGGUUUUAACAGCUGUAUCGGCGUCGAUGUCAUCAAGCAUCUGCGAGCUACUCACCCCAAUGAGCGUGUUGAACCUAUUCAGAACUAUAGAUUCAUUAAGGAGAAGCUAACGGUGGGAUUUUACUGCAACUUUUGCGAUGCCACGGCCAAGACUUACCAGCGCAUGACAGCCCAUUGUGAGAAGUCGCACAAUUGUAAGUAUCAGUACAAGUGCGCACAUUGUCCAUACGGCAACCCUUUGGAGCGUUCGGUAAUAGGGCACACAUUAAAAGAGCAUAGUCUGGAGCAAGGUGUGGCAGUGCAGCAGUUCCAACGCGUGCAAAACGAUUUACCUGAUUCUGAGUUAUGGAAGGAGGCUCGCCCCAUUAAGCACGUAAAUAUUUUAUUGGAAAAAAUUCAACAGGAGACGGAAACCCACUGUGAUGAAGAGGCCGAUGCCAUGGAGAUUAUAUCUUCUGCAGAAGAAGAAGAAGCGAAUUUUGAAGACAUUACACCAACCAACGACAAACUUGUCCUCAGUAUGGAGUUUGCUUGCUCAUAUUGCAACGAGACGAACAGGAGCAUUACCGAGCUGCGUCAGCAGCACUGGGUGCAACGGCACCCAGAUCAGCCAUUUUAUUUCAGCGUGCAGCCGCAGCUAAAAUGCGCACAGUGCCACGACUUUGUGGGCAACGCAAAGGCGAUGCUCGACCAUCUGCUAAGGAUGCACCAGAUACGCAACCUAAUGGCCUGUGACACGCGUCGCAACAAUGAAUGCGCCUUUUGCGAAUACAAAUACCAAAGCUGCUACGAUCUAAUGCACCAUAUUUUAAAAACUGGCCACCUGUCCAAUGACCUGAAGUAUAUGAGCGACUAUGAAUUGAAUUCUAUACUUAACAUUGGGAACGAGGGAGCCCAAAAUGAAUACUUCCAGUGCAACAUAUGUUAUAUCAUUAUGCCCACACAGGUGGCAAUGGCCCGGCAUGGAUCCGUAGAACAUAUAGAGGACAAAUUUUGCUUUAGGCCGAUAACGCAGGAUAUCAUAUACCACUGCUCGUUUUGCAUGUUCGCCUCAACAGAAGAGCAGACGACAUUAAAGCACAUGUUAGAGCACUACAGAAAAUUCCGCACCUGCCACUUCUGCAAUAGUAAACAGGAUGGCGGCUUCGAGGAAUACAUACAGCAUUGCUAUAGCUUACAUAACACGGACGUGCACAAGUUUCCUGACGUACAUACGUUUAGUGAUCUGAAAAAGUUUUUGAUGCAGGUGCUGUACCAGUUUCGAACUGGCCUGGUCAUCAGCAAGAGCAGCCUGCGUCAAACGCGCUACAAUAGCGAGUACGUUAUGCGGCAGCUGUACGAUGAUUUGAUACGAAAAUCGCAGCAACCGCCUCUACCACGUCUAAAGAUCACCAAGACCCGAAAUCCAACUACAAGUGGUGUAACAGUGUUGACAGAAACAGCAGCAACAAGGCAAGCCACAACAGCGCCAGCAGUGAAGACCUGUUAUGAGGUACACAGUAACAUUAACGACGGAACAACUGGCCUUGUAAAGAUCACAAUGCGUCGUAAAACUCUCAAUCCCAAUGAAUUACAAGCAGUGCACAACGUUGUUUUACCUUUUGGCACUUCUUUACAGUCCACUCCCUCAUCAAUCUCAAACCAGCUCAGCAAACCAGAAACUUGUAAUCGACAAGCCUCCCCUACUGGGUCGAUACAGACAUAUCCAGACGCUCCAGCACGCAUUACAAAGCGCCGGAAUACCUACAACAUAAAUGCAGCCAAUCUUUCCAUGGCAUGUGGCUCAAAACGCAUUUGUACGCUUGACCAGUUCAAUGCAUCAUGUAAGAAAUAAAUCAGUCAAAUUACUAUCGAUUGGCCCAACAAAAUAUAUUAAUAUAUUGUUAAUAUUAAUAUUAAUAUAUGUUUUUGUGUAGCUAAUAAAAAAAAUAAUAAUUCAUUAACGUCUUUCUUAAAUAUUUUUUAAGUUGUACCUAUUUAUGCAGAAACUAUAAUUUAAGUCUAAUGUUAAAAAGUCUUAGGGCCAAAUAUAAUGUAUUUGCUCAUGCUCUUGCCAGAGCUAGCUGUGGCAUUUCGUUAAAUGUAAAUUAUGUACUAUAUAUAAAUAAAUGAAGCGAAUUUUCAAGUGAAA